AUGUACCUACUGGUCUAUGUCGAUGAUAUUAUCUUGGUCAGUUCCUCACCGACAGCUGCUACUGCUCUCAUUUCUGCUCUUGGUGCUGAUUUUGCUGUCAAAGAUUUGGGUCAAUUGCACUUCUUCUUGGGUAUUGAGGUUGCUCAUCAGUCUACUGGUCUGGCUCUCACUCAGAAGAAGUAUUCUCUGGAUUUCUUGCGCCGUGCUGGUAUGCUCAAGUGUAAGAUGUCGCCCACGCCCAUGUCUUCUACGGACAAGCUCUCAGCCACUGAUGGUGUUCUCCUAUCUUCUGAGGAUGCCACGGAGUAUCGCAGUAUUAUUGGUGGCUUGCAGUAUCUGACCAUCACACGUCCGGACUUGUCCUAUGCUGUCAACAGAGUGUGCCAGUAUUUGCAUGCUCCUACUGAUGUGCAUUGGUCUGCUGUCAAACGCAUCUUGCGUUAUGUCAGUCACACGUCCUCGUUUGGUCUUCAUCUCCGGGCUAGUUCAUCAGGUGUUCUGUCUGCGUUCUCUGAUGCUGAUUGGGCUGGGUGUCCAGACGACAGGCGAUCCACGGGGGGUUAUGCUGUGUUCCUAGGUCCUAAUUUGAUCGCCUCGGAGAGCACGCAAGCAAGCCACCUGUUUCUGCAGCAGUACCGGCCGAAUAUAAGGCUGUUGCCGAUGCAACUGCUGAGCUCAUAUGGGUUGAGUCCCUUCUUCAGGAAUUGGGUGUCUCUCAACCUCGUCCACCGGUCCUUUGGUGCGACAACAUCGGUGCCAUGUUUCUUUCAUCUAAUCCGGUGUUUCAUGCACGGACCAAGCACAUAG